GGUUGAAAAUACUUUUUUUAAGUAUCAAACCGAAAAGGCUGACGGAGAAGACAGAGAGGCUAUUCUCUUCUCUUCUCUAUGCUCUCUGAGAUUGCGACGUUUAGAACCAGCCAGUGCCAGACACUAAAAAAGAAAACCGAUACUUUCUAGAGUGAGAAAAACUUCACAAUUAUUUCUCUCUCUCCCUCAUCCAUUCUCUCUCCUUUUCGUCAGUUACUCUCUCUAGGAAUUUGUGAUUGGAAUCUGAGGAAAAGAAAAAGGAAAAUGGGGUUGAUUUCGGGGGUUUUCAUGGGGAUGUUGUUCGGGAUUGCGUUGAUGGCUGGAUGGAAACACAUGAUGCGUUACCGAAGCACCAAGCGAAUUGCUAAGGCUGUUGAUAUAAAACUCCUUGGGUCCCUUGAUCGAGAAGAUUUGAAGAAAAUUUGCGGUGAAAAUUUUCCUGAAUGGAUAUCUUUCCCUGUCUUUGAACAGGUGAAAUGGCUGAACAAGCAACUAAGCAAAAUGUGGCCAUAUGUUGCAGAUGCAGCAGAAAUAGUUAUAAAAGAAUCUGUUGAACCUCUUCUUGAAGAAUACCGUCCACCUGGAAUUACAGCUUUAAAAUUCAACAAAUUGUCCCUUGGUACUGUGGCUCCCAAAAUUGAAGGUAUACGUGUUCAGAGUCUUAAGGAAGGUCAGAUUAUAAUGGAUAUUGAUUUCAGGUGGGGUGGUGAUACAAGCAUCAUUUUAGGCGUUGAAGCUGCUCUUGUUGCUUCAAUACCCAUCCAGUUGAAGGAUCUUCAAGUCUUCACUGUUGCUCGUGUUAUUUUCCAACUUGCUGAAGAGAUCCCUUGUAUUUCUGCUGUUGUUGUUGCCCUACUUUCUGAGCCAAAGCCUAGAAUUGAUUAUACUCUGAAGGCUGUUGGUGGUAGCUUAACAGCCAUCCCUGGAAUUUCAGAUAUGAUUGAUGAUACUGUCAAUACGAUUGUCACAGAUAUGCUCCAGUGGCCCCAUAGGAUUAUUGUUCCAAUUGGCGGUAUACCUGUUGAUACAAGUGAAUUAGAGCUUAAACCACAGGGAAAGAUUGCCUUGACAAUCGUAAAAGCAAAUGAUUUGAAGAACAUGGAAAUGAUUGGAAAAUCUGAUCCUUAUGUUGUUGUGCAUAUUCGGCCACUAUUCAAGGUCAAAACAAAGGUUGUUGAUAACAAUCUGAAUCCUGUUUGGAAUCAAACAUUUGACUUGAUAGUAGAAGACAAGGAGACACAGUCCCUUAUACUUGAGGUUUUUGAUGAGGACAUUGGGCAAGACAAGAGAUUGGGAAUAGCAAAGCUAACUUUGAAUGACCUGGAAGCUGAAUCCGAGAAAGAGCUUGAUUUGAGACUGCAACCAUCACUUGACAUGCUGAAAAUAAAAGAUAAAAAGGAUAGAGGGACUCUUACAAUUAAGGUCUUAUACCACGAAUUUAACAAGGAAGAGCAGUUGGCUGCUCUAGAAGAAGAGAAGAUGAUCCUAGAAGCAAGAAAGAAACUGAAAGAAGCAGGAGUUAUAGGGAGUACAAUGGACGCAAUUGACGGAGCUGCAACACUGGUUGGGUCUGGUGUUGGAUUUGUAGGUACUGGUCUUGGUGCUGGGGCUGGGCUUGUGGGAAGUGGUGUUGGUGCCGGAGUUGGGCUUGUGGGAACUGGCCUUGGAGCUGUUGGCAGUGGACUGAGCAAAGCAGGAAAGUUCAUGGGCCGAACCAUUACAGGGCAAUCAAGGAAGAGUGGCUCCACAACUCCAGUGACUAGUGUCCAAGAAAAUGGUGAUGCCAAGCUGCAGUAGGCUUCCUGCAGAAUUGCUGCUGGAGUAUGUGUAUUUAAGCAGCCGGAGACGGAGAUUGAAUGGCGAAAGGUGUGGCUGUUUGAAGUUCUCACAUGUACUUAUGCUGAGGUAAGCUGAAGUGUACCAAAGAAUGUUUUGAGAGAUUGUAAUCAGAUAAUUAGGACUUCUGUUGGAUGAUGUGAUGGAAUUUCAGCAAUUUAGAUUAAGUAAGAGCAAUGUUGUUAUGGUUUUUAUAAAAUUACUGCAUCAGUAGGAAGAAGAGAUUUAUCUGCCUUGAUGUUUUUUAGAUUCAUUUUGCUACAAUACACAUCAUAAAUACAAACUUA